ACGUCAUCUAACAUCCUGGGGACAUCGACCCGAAGUAUCUGGAAUUUCUCAAACCCAGGAACCUAUUUAUUCUUGCAUCCUUCGAUUUCUCUCCUUCGUUAUAAAGCACUGCAAAAUCUCAGUAACGGUUCAGGCUCGAAGAUGAUGAAUAACCGUUUACUGUUGUCUCUUUUCGUAUUUACAACUAUUUUGAUCUCAAACCUGGAAGCCAAAACGGUUGACCCUUACAAGGUUCUUGGGGUUGAGAAAAACGCGAGCCAACGUGAAAUUCAGAAAGCCUUCCACAAGCUUUCUCUUCAAUAUCACCCAGACAAGAACAAAAAUAAAGGGGCUCAGGAGAAAUUUGCUGAGAUUAACAAUGCAUAUGAUAUUUUAUCUGAUGAAGAGAAGAGAAAAAAUUAUGAUUUGUAUGGAGAUGAAAAGGGCAAUCCUGGAUUUAAUGCUGGUCAUCCUGGGGAUCACGGUGGGUAUACUUACUUCACAAGUGGUGGACCAGGGCAAAGUUGGUUUACUUCUGGGCCUGGUGAAUGGGAGAACAUGGGUGGGCAGGGAAGCUCCCGAACUUUCUCAUUUUCCUUUGGUGGUCCUAGUGGAGGGAAUUCAUUUGGUUUUGGCUUGGAUGAUAUUUUCUCCAACUUUUUUGGGGGCAAUGUCAAAGGUGGGGGUAAAUUUGGUGGUUUUAGUGGUUCUUCUGGCUCUCAAUCUCGAUCUCAGAAUCCUCCUAAGAGCCUCAGAGCCAUAAAUUCACAGGUCUUCAAGAAAGAAAUAACUGACCGGGGGAUGACUUGGCUUUUGUUAUCUUACACACCCUCUUUGAAGGGGGACCAGUAUUAUGAAUCCAUUAUUGGGGAGGUUGCCAGUUUACUGGAAGGAGCUGUAAAGGUUGGCAGCAUGAAUUGUGAAACUGAAUUAUCUUUCUGUAAAGAACUUGGAAUACAUUCUCGUAGGGCUCCCCGGAUAUUUGUUUAUUCAUACAAAACUGGUGAUAAGGGUUCUUUGGUGGAGUACAAUGGUGAUUUGACUGCAAAGAAUUUAAAAUCUUUUUGUCAAGACCACUUGCCCAGAUAUUCAAAGCAGAUUGACCUGAAUCAUUUUGGAUUUUCCCCUAAUACGGAGGAAAAAUUUGCAAGGGUGCUACUUCUUUCCACAAAAAGAGAUACACCUGUAAUUUGGCGAGUUCUCAGUGGCUUGUAUCAUAAAAGAUUAAUUUUCUACAAUGUGAAGGUUCAUGAUGUUUCUGAUCCAGCACUGAAGAAGUUAGGAGUUGAUGCCCUUCCAGCUAUAGUUGGUUGGUUGUCAAACGGAGAGAAGCAUGUCCUUAAAACAGGGAUUUCUGUGAAAGAUCUGAAAUCUUCAAUUCAUGAUCUCAGUACUUUACUUGAUGUUUUUGAGAAAAAGAACAAAAAAGCAGCUUCGUCUCAGGAUAGCACUGCACAAACUGAUUCAGUGGAGAGGAAGAUAUCUCUGCUGACAGUAUCAAAUUUUGAUGCUGUAUGUGGGGAGGCAACUCCUGUUUGUAUUAUAGGUGCUUUCAGAUCAUCCAAAGGAAGGGAGAAACUGAAUUCCAUUUUAUUUGAUGUUUCACAGAAAUCAUUUUCCAGGCAACAAAUUUCGGCCUUUGGCUCAAGAAACUCUGUGUCUUAUGCCCUCUUAGAUGCUACAAAGCAGUCAUCAUUCUUAAGUGCAUUUGAUAGAUCUGGAUUCAAAUCAUUUGAUAAGUUGUUGGUGGCCUACAAACCUAAAAGGGGGAAGUUUGCAGCAUUUACUGGAGAAAUGACCAAAGAAGAAGUGGAAACAUUUAUUGGCUCUGUUCUUAAUGGGGAUGUACAAUUUGUGAAGACACGGCAGAAGCCUGUGAUCAAGUGAUGAAAAUUAAACUGGUAACUGAACCUAGUAUGUAACAUGGUGUAAUGGGAAAGCGAUAGCAUGGCGAAAAUUUUGAUCAUCAUCUAAGUAACAGCAAUGAUACAAGGUAAGGCGCGAUGCUUAUGAUUUGCACAUCAAGUUGAGGGGCAGAGCAUCUGCAUUGCAGGAGUGUGGAAAUUUUUUUUACCACACGAGAUUCAUAUUAUCUCAACAACUAUAUAUAUAUAUGUUGUGAAUUAAUAGAUCAAUGAUUUAAUAUUAUUUUUUUCUUAAAAUUAAA